AUGUCAAAGCGUUCAGCCAUGAAAAAUACAUCUCAACUAACAAAGAGGGAAGAGGAUAUGAAAUACGCCACGAGAUACGUGAAACCAAUUUUAGGAGCAAUUGGUGCGUGGCCCGUUUCAUUUUCUCCUUCCUUCACGUCGAAAGUUUUAUUAAGAAUAGAACACAUUCUCACGUACUUCCUAUUUUUCUUAAUAAUUGUACCAACCAUCAUGUACGUGUUUUUCAAAGAGAAAAACAACAAGAUUAGACUGAAACUUAUGGGACCGAUUAUUAACUGCACUAUGCAGUUCUGCAAAUAUACGAUACUUCUGUGGCGGGCAAGCGAAGUUCAAAAAGGUUUGGAUGUGAUGAAACAGGACUGGAUAACAGCCACGGACGAGAAUCGAUUGAUUUUUCGCUCGAAAGCGAAAAUCGCGAGAAGGGUGGUGCUAACCGCUGCAAUUACUAUGUACGGAGGUGGUUUAUGCUACAGGACGAUCCUCCCUCUUCUUAAAGGAUCUAUCGUCACUCCUGACAAUAUUACUAUAAGACCAUUGCCCUGUCCGAGUUAUUUCGUAAUACUCGACGAACAAAAAUCUCCAAAUUACGAAAUAUUGUUUCUAGUGCAAAUUUUGGCUGGAUUUGUUAUUUACGCAGUUAUUAGUGGUUCUUGCGGUCUUUCUGCUCUUUUUGUUCUGCAUGCGUGUAGCAUGCUGAGGAUCUUGGUGGACAAGAUGAAGGCUCUGGUGGAUUUGAGGGACAUGUCUGACACGAUGGUCCAACGGAGGAUCAUGGAUAUCGUUGAAUAUCAGACGAAAAUAAAGAGAUUUUUAAAGAACAUUGAAACAAUUACAGAGUACAUUUGUCUAACGGAAAUGAUGGGUGGUACGUGUUUAGUUUGUCUCGUGGGAUAUUAUAUUCUCAUGGAAUGGGAGAAUAAUAACAUUGCGGCUGUACUGAUUUAUGUCACGUUACAAAUAUCCUGUACCUUCUGUGUCUUUAUACUCUGUUACAUUGGUCAACUUCUUAUUGAUGAAAACCAGAUUGUAGGACAGGCAUCAUGCAUGAUCAAUUGGUAUCAUCUCUCGACCAAACAUAUGCGUUCUUUAAUACUAAUUAUCGCUAUGUCUAAUUAUCCGAUGAAAUUGAUGGCUGGUAAGAUGAUUGAAAUGUCUCUAGCUACUUUUACCGGCGUCAUGAAAUUGUCAAUGGGAUAUUUAAACAUUCUACGCGAAGUUAUCUAAAAACCUUUUUACGAUACUUACGAUAUAUCCAUAUGAACUUAUGCAAAUUCAUAAAGUCUCCAAAGGAACAUGUCUCAGAUUGUAGCACUCAUUCAGUACAAAAAUAAAAAUUCAUCGUGUUAGUUCUCAGUCGUGUAUUCUUUCCUCUUUAUCUUCGCACAAUAUGUUUCUCACGCUAUGUUCGAUCCAAGCUUCCUCGAGGCUUUAUAAACAUUCAAAAAAGAUUUUAACGUGACAUCUUGGAACAUCUUGUAAAAUAUUUCUUUCAGAUCGUGCAGAU